AGCUCUUUCCCACUUCCUUUUCCUGUUUCUACGGAGCUUGUAGUUUCAAACAAGAAGGGAGAAUCACAGCAUGUUUUCUCUGAGUUUCUGGGCUUCAGCUCUGCUGACUGUACUGAACUGCUGGUCCUGGGUUGAUAGUCAAGACGUGUCCGUAGAGCAGCCCUCAAGACAAGUGACAGCAACCAUUGGAGGUUCAGCAAUACUGCAAUGCAGAUCGAAAACCAACCUCAUUGCUGGGCCAGUGAGAUGGUAUAAGGGAACUGAGCCUAACAGGGAGCUCAUCUACAGUGACAAAGAGUCGUGCCCCCGGGUCCAACGGGUGGAGAACACAAAUCGUGUCUUUGACAUCCGCAUAAUCAACAUCACCAGCCAGGAUGAAGGAGUCUACUACUGUAUCAAGUUCCAGAAGAACCCUGAAGAUGAAGUCAGCUCUGGGGGUGGCACCCACCUCAUUUUACAAAGCCAAAGAUCGUCGGGCGUCCUCAUAGCUGCUACGGCCGGAUCCGUGUUCCUCAUCCUCGUCCUCUUAGUCCUCUGCUGCUACUUCAAGAGGCAGAAAGGUCCAAGACGAUGUUUGGCCAGGCCAGAAGCCUCAAAGAAGAACCAGUCACAGAGAGAGACAACCAGGAACAAUGAGAUUGUAUAUGCUGAUCUCCAACCCAUUGGGAAAAAUCCUCAGUCCAAGAAACCAGCGGAGGAGAAGGGUCUCCAUUCUGAGUAUGCCACUAUUCAUGUCCAGUAAUCGGGACUCUGCAGAAGUAGCUCCAAUGAGAAUAGAAGGACCACUUUCCAGGGAAUCCUGAGGAUUCUGCAGUUCCAGUCAGGAAGAGGAAAGUUGAAGAUUCUUUCAGGGACCUGAAAAUAGAGCCAUGGCGAUCAAUGAGCAGUAGAACCUGUGCAGGAGGCCGAGGGCUGCCAGUUACUAGGCUAUGUAGUAUUAGGCAAAUCCCUUCCCUUCUCUGGUCCUAAUUUCUUCAUCUGUAAAAUGGGGAUAACACCCUCUCAACUUCUUGUCUCAUAAAGCUCAAAUGAGAUAGCAGAAGUAAAGCUCUUUGUAACUAUAAAAGCCUAUAUCAAUAUUGCCUCUCCCUUUUGGAAAGAAAAAUGUUAUUAAUGCUGACCUGGGAGCAGCUCCUCACCUUCCAGCAGGCUUUGAAUCUAUGCACCCCUAAUUCUUUUGGAGUGCCAGGUCUCCUCAGAUCUUUUGGCCUUGCCUAGAACACUAAUUCCAUACGUAAGGAUCCCUGCUGGCUGCAUAUUGACUUAGUUUUAAAAUGUAAUGUUAUCUUUGUUUUGUUGUA